AUGACUGUAUAUCCGGACUUUGCAGCUUUUGAUUUGGAUUAUACUGUUUGGCCCUGUUAUUGCGAUACCCACAUUACUCCGCCUUUCAAGCCGGUGAAAAGUAGUAAUGGAGAAGUUCACACACUUAUAGAUGCUAGAGGUUAUGAAAUUAGUUUUUACAAGGAUGUACCAAGGAUAAUUGCAGAUCUAAAAGACCACAAGUCAAGGAUUAUUUCAGCCUCGAGAACAUGGGCACCCGAAAUCGCGAAGGAAAUGCUUCAGAACUUCAAAGUGAGCUAUGAAGGAAAGAUCGUACCUAUGAUAGAACUAUUUGAUGAUCUACAAUGGGGCGAGAGAAGUAAAGUUGGGCAUAUUAGGGACGCUUUAAAGAGACUUUACGGUGACGAUAAUUUUAAAGAUCAUAAAAUGUGUCUGUUUGAUGAUGAAUCUCGUAACAGAGAAGUUGAGAAGUACGGCAUCAAAUUUGUUUAUGUCACAGAUCCAGAAAAAGGGGUCACUUGGAAGCUUUAUCAAUCAUAUUUAAACGGCAUGUAA